AGCAUGGAGCUCCGGCCACUUGCCCCCGGGGGCAGAAGGGGGUGCCGGAGGAGGGCACGGGAGUGGCUGAUCCCCCUCUGGCUCUGCGUGUGCGCUGCGGGGAGCUGCAAGGGGCAGGUGUAUAAGCUCAGCCUGGCGGUGGACGAAGGGCUGCCCGCGGACACGCUGGUGGGGGACAUCAGCGCAGGGCUGCCCCCCGGCGAAGGACACCCCGGCGGCUUCUUCCUCUCGGAAGGCAGCGGCGAGUCGGCCGUGUUGGCGGAUUUCCACGUGCACACGGACACGGGCAUCAUCCGAACGGCGCGGCUGCUGGACCGAGAGCGCCGGGCGCGCUACAGCUUCGUGGCGGCCACGCUAAGAGGGGAGAUGGUGCAGGUGGAGAUCACGGUUAGCGACGUGAACGACCACGCGCCGCGGUUCCCGCGGGACUGGGUGCGCCUCAACAUCUCCGAGCUGAGCCCGCCCGGCAGCUCUUUCCGCUUGCCCGCUGCGCGUGAUCCCGACGCCGACAGCUUCGGCACGCAGGGCUACUCGCUGCUGCCGGAGGAUCAGGACCAGGAUCGGGAGAAAGGUCCGCUUUUCCAGCUGCGCUACGGGACCCCGCCGGAUACCCUGGAUCUGGUGCUGCUGCGACGCCUGGACCGGGAGCGGGCGGAGACGCACCGCCUGCUGGUCGAGGCUUGGGACGGCGGAAGCCCCCGUCGGAGCGGCCGCCUGCGCGUGGAGAUCCAGGUGAUGGACGAGAACGACAACGCGCCCGCCUUCGGGCAGAGCGAGUACCGCGCGCGCGUGAGGGAGGACGCGCCCGUGGGCAGCUCAGUGUGCCGCGUCUGGGCCACCGACCCGGACCUGGGCGCCAACGGCGAGGUGCGCUACAGCCUGGCCCGCCGCCAGGGCGACCCUUCGGCCGCCUCCUUCUUCGAGGUGGACGAGCGCAGCGGGCUGCUUCGCCUGCUGCGGCCUCUGGACCGCGAGGCCCGCACCCUCCACCGCCUGGCCGUGGAAGCCCGCGACGGCGGCGCCCAGCCGGAGUUGGCCACAGCCCUGGUGGCCGUCGAGGUGCUCGACGUGAACGAUAAUGCGCCCACGAUCCACCUGCUCUACCUCACCGACAGCGGCGCCAGCGUGUCCGAGGGGGCGCAACCGGGAGACUACGUGGCCCGCGUGUCCGUCUCGGACCCGGACGAGCGGGACCAAGCCGGCGGGCAGGGCGGGCGGUCGCCUCCGGGCGGCGUGGCGCUGAGCCUGCAGGGUGGCAGCGGCGCCUUCUCGCUGCGGCCUUCUGGCGGCGACGGCGGCGUCUACUUCCUGUGCGUCGAGGGGCCCCUGGACCGCGAGAGGCGCGACGCCUACGAGCUCCGCCUGGUGGCCGUCGACUCGGGCGCGCCGCCCCUCUCCUCGCAGCGGGCGCUGCUCCUCCGCGUGGCCGACCUCAACGACCAGGCGCCCGCCUUCGCGCAGCCGCGCUACCGAGCCGCCGUUUCCGAGGCCGCCUCGCCGGGCACCGUCGUGCUGCGCCUCAGCGCCUCUGACGCCGACGAGCCGGGUUCGCGCAACGCCCAGGUGCGCUACGCGCUGGGCCCCGAGCAGGCGCACGGCGCGCUCUUCCAGCUCGACUCGCUCAGCGGCGCCCUCAGCGUCCGGGCGGGCCUGGACCACGAGCGGCAAGCGGCGCUGGAGCUGCUGGUGCUGGCCAGGGACUUGGGCGAGCCGCCGCUGUCCGCCUCGUGCGUCGUGAGCGUCGCCGUGGAGGAUGCCAACGACAACGAGCCCGUCUUCGAGCACCAGGUCUACAACGCCAGCCUGGCCGAGCACGCCCCGGCCGGCCAUUGUCUCCUGCAGCAGAGAAGCACAGCUGACUGGCAUUUGUGUUGUGGGCCUGUGCCCCUGAGGUACCUAGCAACACUCCUGGAUGAAUGGUUGCAGACAGUGAUGCAACAGUUUCAGCUGGAUUCAAACGAAGAGGAGAAAAGGGUGACGUCUCAAAGGGAUGAUUUGGUUUGGCAUGAUGACAGCCUCUUUGACACUGUAUGA